AUGACCUCAACCAAGCUCACCAAAGCGCUCACCACGCUUGCGCACAUCGGACUGGCCGCCACGCUCAUCGUCCUGCAGAAGAGGUCGAUGGGCACCUCAAUCAUCGCCGCCAGCCUCACUGGCCUACACAAUGGAAUGUUGUUGGGGGUAGUCGGGCCUCGUCAAGGCCAGCUACGCUGGUGGUGGGUGCCAGACCCUGCACAUGAGCCAUCCGGAGUGCUGCUGUUCCUCAUAGUUGGCAUUGCCGAGUUCCUCGCCGUCGGCGUGGUAGGCUACGAGCCCGCAUUCAGGGAUGCAUACGGCGAGCGGUCCGUCGUCGACCGGUUGUGGCUGUGCUUCGUGCUGAUCACAACCGUCGGCUAUGGUCACUCGUACACGCCUCCGACGCCCAUCGACCGCUGCUUCACUAUGGUGUGGGCCCUUUAUGGACUCUUCAUUUUCGGCGCGAGCAGCGGCGUGCUGGUGGAGGCAGUCGGGACCUUGUUGCGCAAUUUGAAGAAGGCAGGGAAGGCGGGAAAGAAGAGGGCGCAAGGGGCGAUCCGCAGACUGCGCUCGCGGGACCAGGUGGACGCUUCACGCGUGGCCGUGGCCAAGUGGAGGCCACCUGACAUCUACUACGUUGGCCGCGGCCUCUACUUCAACUACGUCGCGUUCGUGGUGCUCAACUUUGCAGGCGACAUCUCAGCCCCGCUGCUCCUUUGCCCCAGCCCCGCUACUGCUUCGCCGCAGCCCCGCUGCUACUCAACAUUCGUGAUUGCGCGUGCGGCAGGUGCGGGGAUCUUUGCGGUGCUGGAGGACUGGGAUUUCGCGGAUGGGCUGUACCAUUGCAUCAUGACGGCGACGACGAUUGGCCUCGGCGACAUCGCGCCGACGUCGUACGGCGGGCGGCUCUACGGCAUCAUCCAAAUGGUCCUGUCGGCAAUCCUCUUUGGCUCCUUGCUCUCGACGGUCGUAGAUGGCCUGAAGCGGCGGGUCAAGGCGCAGAAGAAGGCGGAGCUCCUCUCGAUGACGCUCGAUGAGGAGCUAAUCGUUAGCCUCGACACCGACGGUGACGGAGUGGACAAGGCUGAGUUCGUGCUGGGAAUGCUCGAGAAGCUGAGUAUCAUCUCGCACGACGACUAUGCUCCCUUUGUCGAGCAGUUUCUUCGAAUGGACGAGAGCGGAAACGGCCGGCUCACGCGCGACGACCUUGCGGCGAUCGCGCAGGCGAACCAGCUUAGGAAGCGCGAGUUGCAGGAGGAGACAGAGCGGCGGGAGCGGGAGCACCACGAUGAGACGAAGCUGCAGCGUUGCGCGCUCGACCUCCUCGGCCCGACCUUCAUCUCGUACACCCUCUUCGGCAUGGCCUUCACGGCGAGCGGUCUCUUGCACGGGGUCGCGAUCGGCACUAUCAUCGGAUCGCGACCACAUCCGCGGCGCAGCGUCUACAGGCGCGUUAUAGCCUACGUUAUUGGAGGCGCAACCUGUUGGCUGGCGUCGUUAACUUGCCUCAUCCUGUACAUGGUCGACCCCAGCAUCCUGCUCGGCGACGGCAGGACGGGCGGCGACCCGUUGAUGCGAACUAUUUUUUUCGGCAAGUUGGCCGAGGGGGGCGUUGCGAGGACCGUGCAGCGACCGGAGGGCGAGCGUGUGUACAUGGUCAACGCUUACCAGCACGUGAUGAAGAACGGAUACGACCUCUCGCUCUUCAUCCUGUACAGCCUCUUUUUCGUGUACGCGAUCGGGCUUGACGCGGUGACCCUCAGGCCGACUCUGCGAAAUCGGCGAUAA